AAUAUAAUUGUUCCGUAUUAAACCGGUUGAAUCUGCUGAUGUGAACACGUGCUGAUCAGGUGAACCACUUCCGGCUCCGUGACGCGGAUGUUUGUCCUCACACUCUCAAGAUGUUCGGGCUCAGGUGCAGAGCUCUUCCCUGGGCCUCCUGGCGGAGCUCCUCCUGUCUGAGGGCCUCCUGGCGAAGCUCGUCCGUCAGACCUCCUCCCCCCCCUCAGCUGACCCGGAGACGGUUCCUGUCUCGGGGUCCGGCGGACUCGUCGUCCCCCGGCGUGUCGCUGAGGACCCGUGUGGCGGUGGCGGUGGUGGUGGGCGGCGGGCUGCUGGGGGCGUGGUGGUGGGUGAACCAGGAGAGGGAGCAGCGAGUGCGGCAGCAGCGGGUGGAGCAGCUGCGGCGGGUGGCGCUGGGCCAGGGCGCCUUCAGCCUGCUGGACCACACGGGGCGCCGCCGCACCAAGCAGGACUUCCUGGGCCGCUGGGUGCUGCUGUACUUCGGCUUCACCCACUGUCCCGACAUCUGUCCCGACGAGCUGGACAAGCUGAGCGCCGUGGUCUCCGCCCUGGACCGGGACGCCUCGCUGCCCCCCGUCCAGCCCGUCUUCGUCACCGUGGACCCGGAGCGGGACGACGUGGCGGCGCUGGCCCGCUACGUCCAGGACUUCCACCCGCGGCUGCUCGGGCUGACGGGCACGCCGGAGGAGGUGCAGCAGGCGGGGCGGGACUACCGGGUCUACGCCAGCGCCGGGCCCAAGGACGAGGACGGGGACUACAUCGUGGACCACACGAUCCUCAUCUACCUGGUCAGCCCCGACGGACUCUUCCUGGACUACUACAACCGCAUGAAGACCCAGGACCAGAUCACAGACAGCGUCCGAAACCACAUCCAGAACUACGUCAAACUCUGAACCGGGUCCAGAGAAGUACGUCAGACUCUGAACCAGGUCCAGAGAAGUACGUCAGACUCUGAACCGGGUCCAGAGAAGUACGUCAAACUCUGAACCGGGUCCAGAGAAGUACGUCAGACUGUUUUUUGCCAUUAAAUAAUAUAAAAUAAAUGUGCUGAACAAACAAAAAGUGAAUGUUCUUUUGUUUUUAAAGCAGUAAAUCAAACAGAAAUCUGUUAAUUAAAAGGACACAAAAAACAAAAAUAUAUUAUGUAAAACUUGAUAUUUAUUUGGUUUUUGGUAGUUAGUAAAGACUUGAUCAUAAUUGAGGUUAAAACAGACAGACAGGUCACAGACUCGGAGCUCACGGUGUCUCAGCUGGACGACGUCAUUGUUUUGAAUCUGUCUGUUGCUCUCAGAGUGCUGAGCAGAGUCAGUCCCAUCGAGUCCACGCUGUCCUCCAGACCUGCUGCCGAGUCCACCUCCACCGUCCCGUCGUUGGCCUGGCAACCAGAGACACGUUUCACCAGACUGAAGACUAGAGACUAGAGACUAGAGAGAGACUAGAGACCAAGGACUGAAGAUUUGAGACUAGAGACUAAAGAUGAAGGACUGAAGACUAGAGACUAGAGAGAGACUAGAGACCAAGGACUGAACAUUUGAGACUAGAGACUAAAGAUGAAGGACUGAACAUUUCAGUUAAUUCCCAAACUUUUUUCACUGUUCUAAAAUAUAUAAUUUAAAUAAUAAAUUCCAUUUGUUUAACGGAAAAUCAUUUUUGUAAACAAAGGGAAAAAAUGUAAAAAUAAACAAUUUAUGAUAAGAUGAUCUGAAACUGACAGUAAACUCUGUCUGAUAAUGAAGGAAAAUGUUUUGUGUUGAAAUAAAGAGCAGAGAUCUGUGA